AUGCCCCGAAUCAACUCGGAACCUACGCAUGCCAAAGACGUCAAGCCUUAUACACUUCCACCGAAGAAAAACACUACGUCCAGCUCACUGGUACACUCUGAUCUUACUGAGAUCGGAAGACAAGGAGUGAAGAAAGAAGACUCGAGCUUGGUUGUCAAAGAGGAAAGUCAAGCACAAAAAAACGGAAGAGGAAAGAUGGAAAAAGUAGGGAGAAAGGCGGGGAAAGAGAUUAGAAAAGAAGGAAAUCCGCGAGCGGCAAAGGUUUGGACGGGGCAAGAGAAGAUCAAAUUGUUUGAAGUUAUCAUGAAGAAUGGUCUUAGUACUAAAGGGUUAGAGGGUCAUUUUGAAGAUAGGACAGGUAAACAAUGUUAUGAUACUUGGCAAAAUACCAUGGUUCCCGCUAUCAAACGCUUCCUCGCUGAAGGUGCUAAGAAAACUUGA